AUGCUCGCAGCUCGCAUCAGCUCUCGGAGAGUGCUCGCGUCGUCGUCGUCGUCGUCGUCGGCGCGCGUCGCCGUCGCUUGCCGCCGGCACAAGACGACCGAGACGCGGCCGGGCACGUUCGACUUCCAGGACGAGCUACCGCGCCUGCCCAUCCCUUCACUGGAGGACACAGCCGUGCGCUACCUCGAGUCGCUGGAGCCCCUGCUGCCGCAGGACGAGUUCAAGCGCUCCGUCGCCGCGGUGAACGAGUUUGUGUCCCCCUCUGGCCUCGGCCCAGUGCUGCAGGAGCGCCUGCGCGCCGUCGACGCCGCCGCGCCCAACUCGUGGCUCGAGGACAUCUGGCUCAACAAGGCGUACCUCGAGUGGCGCGGCCCGUCGUACAUCAACGUCAACUGGGCUGCGAUUCUGGCCGACAACGCCGCGGUCCCCCUCGUGCCCACCUCACAGAUCACAAAGGGCAAGCCUACCGACGUGCAGAUUGACCGCGCGGCGCGCCUCGUGACCCACCUCCUCGAGGCCAACGACGCGAUCAACAAGGGCACGUUCGCGCCCGACAUCCAGCGCGGCGCGCCCCUCUGCAUGAACCAGUACAAGUGGCAGUUUGGCACCACGCGCAUCCCGCAGCCCGGCCGCGACAAGGUCGUGCACCAGUACCCCAGCACGGCGAGCCACGUCCUGCUGCAGUACCGCAACACGAGCGUCGCGGUGCCCGUGUACAACGCGCAGCGCCAGCGCGCGACGACUGAGCAGAUUGCCGCGCAGCUGCGCGCCGCAACGGCGGCUGUCGAUGCACAGAUCGCGGCGUCAGGCCCCCUGCCGGCGGUCGCCAACCUCACGGCCGCCGACCGCGACCUGUGGACCUCGGCGCGCGAGGCCCUGCUCCAGGACGCGACGAACAAGGCGUCGCUUGACGCCGCCGAGAGCGCGCUCUUCGGGGUGUGCCUCGACGUCGACGUCGACCCCGCGACGCUCUCCGACCCCGCGCAGAACUGGCACACGCUCACGCACUCGGACGCAGGCAGUAACCGGUGGUUUGACAAGGCCAUCUCGCUCGUCGUGCUGCCCACCGGACGCGUCGGCGUCAACUGCGAGCACACGCCCGUCGACGCGCUCACCACGGGCCGGCUGCUGCUCGAAGCCAUCGCCAAGGAGAAGCGUGACCAGCGCCCCUCGGCCGCGGCAGACGGCUUGCCCCCGCCCGCCGUGCUGCAGUGGAACGUGAGCGACGGCGUCGCGGGCCAGAUCGCCGAGGCGCGCAAGGGCGCCGGCGCGCUCGCCGCCGACCUCAAGCUGCGGUUCGGCGACGCGCCGUUCGGCGCAAAGUUCAUCAAGGGCCUCGGCGUGUCGCCCGACGCGUUCUUCCAGGUCGCCCUCCAGACGGCCUACCUCCGCCACCACGGCAAAGCGGUCGCGACGUACGAGUCGGCGUCGCUGCGCCGCUUCGCGCACGGGCGUACCGAGACGAUCCGCUCCGCCACGAGCGCGGCACAGGCGUUUGCGCGCGCGUUUGAUGACGGCAGCGCGAGCCUCGGCGACAAGCUCGCGCUGUUCAAGAACGCCGCGAGCACGCACACUGCGCUCUCGCAUGCCGCCGCGGGCGGACAGGGCGUCGACCGCCACUUGCUUGGCCUGCGCGCGCAGCUCUCGGGCGACGAGGGCGCCGCGCCAUCCCUGUUCACCGACCCAGGCUACGCGCUCAGCUCGACGUUUGUGCUGUCCACGUCCAACACGACCCCCGGCGACCAGUUCCGCGGCGGCUUUGCGCCCGUCACGGCCGACGGCUACGGCGUCAACUACGCCCUCGACCCCGAGGACAUCAAGUUUAGCGUCAGCGAGUGGAAGUCGAGCGGCGUGACUGAUGCCGACGCGUUCAAGGGGACCGUCAUCCAGACGCUCAACGACCUGCAUGCCGCGGGUGUGCAGGCCGCGAAGCAGUAG